AUGCCUGGAUCCGCCAUGAACGGCGUCGCGGAGCGUAUCGGAUACAUCACUCGGGUCCAGAGCUUCAGCGCAUGUCACCGUCUGCACAGUGUUCACUUGAGCGAUGAAGAUAAUAGAAAGGUCUACGGGAAAUGUAACAAUCUUUACGGCCAUGGACACAAUUAUAAAGUGGAGAUAACAGUGCGAGGAAAGAUUGAUCACAUUACCGGCAUGAUAAUGAACCUGACCGACUUGAAAAGGUGCAUUGAGGAAGUAAUCAUGAUUCCACUUGAUCAUAAGAACCUGGAUAAGGAUGUGCCAUAUUUUGCCAAUAUUGCCAGCACGACUGAGAACCUGGCUGUUUACAUCUGGAACAACAUGGCAAAAGCCAUCACUCCUAACGUCCUCCACGAAAUAAAAAUACACGAGACCGAUAAGAAUAUUAUCGUAUACAGAGGAGAGUAG